UGACAACUUGUCUCUCAACAACUGAAAAUCCCUUAGAUCAAUGCCUGAAGAGAUUUUGGGAGAUGGAAUCUAUUCCUAUAAAACCCUCAUUGUCUAAAGAGGAACAAAAAUGUGAAGACCAUUUCAAGAGUACAUACCAGCGUGCUGAUUCAGGGCGUUUUAUUGUAUCUUUGCCAUUCAAAAGUGAUAAACCAUCCUUGGGCCAUUCCUAUCAAACUGCCUUAAAACGUUUUCAUUCUCUGGAAUACAGAUUUUCCAAAAAUGUGGAGUUGAGAAACGAUUAUACAAAAUUUAUGAAUGAUUAUAUAUCAUCUGAACACAUGAGUAUCAUUUCUGGUGAGUCUACUAAAUCUCCUUUAGCAUACUAUAUUCCACACCACUGUGUAUUACGAGCAGAAAGUGCCUGCACUAAACUAAGAGUAGUUUUCGACGCCUCAGCGCGAUCGUCAAAUGGGAAAUCCCUAAAUGAUAACCUUCUUAUCGGCCCAAAACUACAACAAGAUAUAAUGAAAAUUCUGUUAAAUUUUCGAUGCUUUAAGUAUGCUUUCAUUUGUGAUAUAAAACAAAUGUAUAGGCAAAUUCUUCAUAGGCCCCAAGACAGAGAUUACCAAAGAAUCAUUUGGAGAUCAUCUCCUGAUAAACCAAUCCAAGAAUAUCGAUUGAAUACCGUAACAUAUGGGCUUGCUUCAUCACCUUUUUUGGCGCUUCGCACAAUUUUAGAACUGUCCAAUUUAUAUUCACAAGAAUUUCCAAUGGCUUCUGAAUCACUAAAACAUCAUAUAUAUGUAGAUGAUAUCGUCACCGGUGCUUCCACUAUCGAUGAUCUACUUAAGUUACAAAAAGAAUUAAUAAUGGUGUUACAAAAGGGUGGUUUUGAACUUCGUAAAUGGGCAAGUAAUAAUGAAAGAGUAUUAUCGUCUGUCCCUAUUUCUGAUCAAUUAUCAACAAUAUCUUUCGAAUGUGAAGAAAUAAAUUGCGUCAAAGUCCUGGGCUUGCAGUGGAAUCCAGUCAAGGAUACAUUUACUUAUUCAUAUACAGCCCGUGUUACUCAAUGUACAAAAAGAACAAUUCUAUCAGAGAUCGCCAGAAUCUACGAUCCCUUAGGAUUUUUAACACCGUGCACAUUAAAGGCCAAACAUUUGAUACAACAGCUAUGGCAAUUGAAAACGUCAUGGGAUGAUUCCCCUCCGGAAUUUAUCAAGACUUCAUGGAACAUGUUUAAAUCCAAACUCCCAUUGUUAUCAAAAUUUAACCUGUCCCGUUCUAUGAUCCUUGAUAAUCCCACCAGCAUUCAAUUACAUUUAUUUUGCGAUGCAUCGCAGAUAGGUUAUUGUGCCGUUGCCUAUAUUCGAACAACAACUAAUGAAAACAAAUGUUAUACUCAUUUUGUUUGUGCUAAAGCUCGUGUAGCUCCUCUAAAGGUUAUUUCUAUUCCUCGAUUAGAACUCUGUGCAGCUCUUCUGCUUACUGAGUUAUUUGAACAUAUCAAUGAAGUUUUAUCACACAAAAUUCAGUUUGAAUCCAUUUAUGCAUGGUCAGACUCCCAAGUCGUGCUGUCUUGGCUUGCAUCUCCUGCUCAAAGAUGGAAGGUCUUUGUGGCAAAUCGUGUCACUAAAAUACAAGAAAUUUUACCGAUUAAUCAUUGGCGACAUGUUCCGUCAUUAAAUAAUCCCGCUGAUUGCGGUUCUCGUGGAUUGUUUCCUGAUCAAUUAAUCAAUUCCGAUCUUUGGUGGCAGGGCCCAUCAUGGCUCUGUGAUCAUUCCGAUAAUUGGCCGUCUAGUCCAUCUAUGACUGCUGAAACGAAAGACACAAUAGAGGAACAAAGACAACUUUUCAUAAAUGCUAUUGUGAUUGAAUCUCAUAUCUUUGAUACUCUCCUUAAUCGUUUUUCUUCUUUAUCUAAGAUAAAACGUAUUAUUGUUUAUUGUAAACGAUUCAUUCUUCAUUGCCAACGAAAAAAGAAAUCAUUUUCUAUGGUAUUAUCACCAUUUGAAUUACAGGGUGCAUUAUAUUCAUUGAUUCAGCAUGUGCAAACUCAAACCUUUUCUUUUCUAUUCACCGCUAUCCGUUACAAUAAACCAGUUCCUAAACCCUUUCAUUCAUUAUCUCCAUUUGUCGAUCGUGACGGGUUGAUCAGGGUGGGUGGACGAUUAAAACAAUCUGAGUUACCGUUCGAUCAGACACAUCCAGUGUUGUUGCCCCGGAAUUCGCGACUAAGUGAAUUAAUUGUGGAAGAAGUUCAUCGUGAGUUCUUGCAUCCGGGAUACCGAACUGUCUUAUCAUUGGUGAUGCAACAAUUUUGGAUCAUGGGCUCAAGAUUUGUAAUCCAUCGUGUAUUAUCAAGAUGCAUUCCAUGUUUUAAGAUGAAACCACGUUCGUACGCACCAGUCAUGUCAGAUCUCCCUAAGUUCCGAAUCGAAGAAAUUAAACCAUUUUCCAAAGCUGCAGUGGAUUUUGCAGGACCUGUUUUUACCACAUUAAAUAGAAGUCGAGGUUCUAAAUCUGUCAAGUCGUAUAUCUGUGUUUUUGUCUGUACGGCCACCAAGGCCAUUCACCUUGAACUUGUUUCAGGUUUAUCCACUGAUGCCUUUUUAGCAGCACUUCGCCGAUUCGUUUCCCGUCGAGGACGAUGUUCUAUACUUAUCUCAGACCAAGGGACCAAUUUUAUAGGCUGUAAUAAUCGUUUGAAAGAAAUGGCAGAAAUCGUAGGUGUCAAACUUGGCUUAGAAUGGAAAUUCAACCCACCUGGAGCACCACAUUUUAAUGGUUUAGCUGAAUCCAAUAUCCUGAUCUAUCCACGGUACCUUGCAGUCGUCUCGAUCGAUGGCAGCUUCUACAAAAAACCGUUCAAGAUUUUUGGAAACGUUGGAAACACGACUACCUACACACACUUCAACAAAGAACUAAAUGGACUGAAUCUUCAUCCAAUCCCGUCGUCGGAGAUAUGGUUCUGAUUAAAAAUGAAAACCGACCUUCUUUCCAAUGGGACCUUGGAAGAAUUGAAGAAAUUCACCCCGGAAAAGACGGGGUAGUCAGAGUAGUCACCCUAAA